UGCUAUCCGAGUCCGCCGCUAAUUAUUUCUCUCCUUCGCAAGAACAGGAUGUCCGCCUGGCUCUUCCGAGAAGACCCGACAAGGCUUUCGCUAACAGCUCAGAGUAUCGUCCUUCAUUUCGUACUGGCUCUUGCGCACCAAAUAACUUCAUGCUACGCACUCACCGCUCACCGCCAGGACGGAGUUAGGGCGAUCCGAGAAUGGGAAGUCUGUUAUGAUGGAGUACGUUGUAGGUCCACGAAGAUAAUCCGGCAACGCUGAGAGUUGUCUUUCACAUGCCCCGAACUACUCCGUAGCAUCGAUCGAUCCCCCAACCCUCUUACCCCCCCCCCUAAAAAAAAAAAAUUAAUAAUAAUC